GAGGUAGGGGGAGAGACGAGGCCAAUUUGCGAGGAAGACGAAGACGAAGAGGGAGGCGACGACGACAAGAAUUUCUGCCUCGCGAAGCCCAUAUCUGCAAUCUGUGGGAGGAUUUCUGUGUCUGAGCACGGCCAUGGAGGCGGUCAUGUCCUCUUCGCUCGUCACCCACAAAUCGAUUCACCCACUAUCGUCGUCCAUUUGGGGUCGAGACAGCAAGCGGUUUAGUCACGAGGCGAAGCUGGGCGGGUGGCCUCAUUUGAGGAGCCGCGGUGCAGGCGUGGCCACAGCCUAUUUGGAGCCGGAACCUAACCCAGUCUCGCAGUUCUUUAAAAAUGUGCAAGGGAGUUUGCCAAUCGUUGGGCUCUUGUCGCGUUUGUUGAAUGACGAGGGCGGUAUCGGUAAUGACAGGAUUCAGCCCGUGGAAUUUGCCGCUAGAGUUCAGAAGAACUGCUCAUAUAAGGCGUCUCAAGCAUUUUACGAGUUCCAGGAGCGACACGGGCCAGUUGCCAAAUCUCAGUACGUCUUGUUGUGGUGCUGGGCAGCAGCCGUAGGAGCAGGGUUACUCAAAUCUGACGAUCUUAUAAUGUCAGCUGCACGUCUCCGCUGCUCUAACGAUGUACAUUACGAGACCGAAAACUUGGAACUCCUCAUGGACGACGCAAAAAAGAGGCGAGAGAAGUCCAAAUCACCUGCUAUGAAUGUGCCCAUUGAAGCAAGGGCGGAGAAAGCGCUGGACGCCAUAAUGAAGUGCUGCGUGGGUGCCUCAUACCUUGACGAAGAAGACGUUCCCUUGCUAAUUACCAUAUUAACUACCGUGUUUCCCUCUGCCGAUGCAUCAGAGAUAGAUAGGAUGGUAACCUCGCGGUUAGCUUACAGUGACGAUGACGAAGCCAGCGCAGAAGAAGACAAUGAGGAAGAUAGAACUGAAGGUUUCGUUGUAGAGGACAUGGCAAAUAGUGUAACUCAAUAAAAAUUAAAAAAUUAUAAAAGUCCUUACAGAUGUUGAUCUCUUUUAUAUUA